UUUGGCAGAGUAAUCCGAAAUUCUGCACUGCACGGUAUGCACUAUAGUACUUUUCUAGAUCAAAAAUAAACUGGAACUUGUACAGUGAUCCAUAAUAAUGUUCAUCAAAUAGCAUAAUCAAUAGACAGAUUAUUCUACAUACACGACACGUAUUUUAAUUAUAUCAAAAAGUCAUGUUCAUGAACACAAAGCCGAAACGAGGCCUGAGGUCGUUCUACCCAACAGACAAGGGGCCGAUUGAUUUGUAUCAACUAGGUCACGAUGGGAGAAUUGAAUAUCUGUCUGCUGAUAUCAGCACGGAUCACAUGAUUAGAGGAAUAAAUACGACUGACGACUGGAGAAAGUGGGCAAAAGAAAGAGGUUUACCAACUGAUGAAGUUGGGCUGAUAGUUUCCAAGCGCCUUGGAGGAUCAGGAAAAGAUGCAAUUAAUCUGUUUCCAAAAAGUUCAUCCUUGGAUAAAACAUCGUGGGCCGCGGAUGAAGAGAAAGCGUACAAGGAGGCUUCCGAGAUGAAAAAGUGGAAGAAAUUAAAGUUUUUCGCAAAGUUUGAGUAUCCCGAAGAUGACAGUUUGAGGCCAUCAGAAAUUGAAUAUCAGUACGAAUUGCCGAGUGGGACCAAGCUGCAUGGCAAGGUGUUGAACGAAGCGGAAAGCGCUUCUCCACCUAACCCUACCCCACAGGAGACAAAAGGGAAAGCUGAAGAGGAAGAAGAAGAGGAAUCCGAGUACGAAUAUGAAUAUGAGGAGGAGGAAGAAGAAGAAACUCAAGUUCCAGCCCCACAAGAGUCGAAUCAAAAGGAACUUUCUCCGAAGAAGGACGACCUUCCUCCUCCUCCUGUUGCCACUCCUUCGUCCAAUUCAAACGUUCCAACUUCUAUCCCACCACCCACACCAGCAGCCCCAACCCCUGUUCAAGUACCUCGAAAAAGGACUCCAUCUCCCGUCCCCGUCAAAAUUAGUGAAAAGGUAGAACCGGCUCCAACGAUUCCACCACUUGCUCCUGAUAAGGAUGUACCAAAGCCAAAAGAGGUAUCGGCAUCAAACGAUAAUAAUGCUGUAUCUCCAGACACCAACAGAGGAAUACAAGUUUACGGAAUUGUUGCUCGGUCAGAUCUUAUUGAAAUGUUACCAAUAAUUGGUUCGGUGAAGCUGGCCUUGGACACUUUGAAGGCCGCAUCAAAUAAGGAUGCAAAACGAACCUUGUGGAAGGGAGUUCAGUGUGGAAUUUCACUUUUUGCCGAUUUUCAUUUCAUGAGAGCGUUCGUGAGAUAUGGACCAAUUCUAGCAAAGCCAAUAACUGAGAAAAAACUGGUACGAUUUGCAAAAAAAGCAGAGCCUCAUCUCAUUAUUUUUGUGGUUUGCAAAAUUGGAAAUCAACUUUUUGGCGUUAUUAGAAGAGUUUUAUCAAACACAAAGACGUGAGUUUAUUUAUGUGAUUUACAAAAAAAAUGUUAUAUUUAGUAUGGAAAUGUAGACGAACAAAUUAAUUCACUAUGAAAAAAAACAUUAAUGUCCAUUUGAAUUUAAUGGAAAAUUCAGAGGUUCUUCUUGGAAAA